AUGCGCAUUGAGUUAAGGGUGGAAUCAUUGAAUGAGUUUGGAGCUACUGUGGCGUUGGUGAAGAAGGCGGAGGGCGUUCUUGACAACUCGCGUUCAAUUGCGUCGCAAGUGCACGUGAUGGGCGUAUCGGAGGGCCCGUAUUUUGAGGCGUUGUAUGCGUUGGUGAAGCAUUGUAUGAAUCCCUGUUGGAAGUUUUUUAUGUCUGGAGGGGGGGCAAGAGAAUCGGAGAAAUCAGUGAAUCUGCGGACGAAGGCGGUGAGUUUGAAGAUGUCGGAGUUGGAAGUGUCCUUAUUUAAUUGCAAAAACGAUGUGAGGAUACCGAGAGUGGUGUUGUCGAUUCAUCCUUCUGUGCCUUCGUUGAGGCGGAAGAGCGCCUCGGAGGGGCUAGAUCGGGCGUUGUCGCAGUUGGAGAGCGAUACGGCCAAGUUUUUGAACGAGUUGCAAUUUGGAGUCAACACAUGGAUUAAAGACAUUCAGAGGGUGACGAAGUUGGAGAGGGUGGAAGCGAUGCCGACCGAUUCGAACACGAUGCAGGAGAUUCGGUUUUGGCUCGAUCUGGAAUCAGAGCUAUCGAACCUGUCUCGACAGCUGCACAACGAGAACGCCCAGUUUACAUUAAAUGUUUUGAGGCAAUGCAAGCGCUUUCACGCUACCGCCAGUUUCGAUACUGACACGAUUGGUUUGAGGCGUGCUUUGGAGUGCGCUCAGAACUAUAAGGGUUUUAUGAAGGAGUUUCCUAUCGACGGCUUGUUGACGGCUUCUGACCUCCACGAAUUGGGAUCGGCUUUGAGAGCGGUCUUCGACCAUUUGAAGAAGAGCAAGCACUCUGGAUACCCAAUUCCUCGAUAUUUGAGGCUUGUGGAGGCGAUUGGACGAGAUUUCUUCGGACGCAUGGCUGAGUUAUUAAAGCGAAGGCGUCUGAUGGAUCUGAGCUACGCUGAGUUCGAGGAGGUGUUCGCGGAGGCGCAGCAUCUGUUUGGCGCAUGGGACGAACAAUUCGCCAAGUUUCGCGAGCUAUUACGCGAAUGGGGGCGCGGAAGGCGUCAAGGGGAGGAGAGCUCCUUUUUACUCGCCAACGUCUCCAAUCGCGCACUCGAGGAUAGAAUUUAUCUGUUGCGAGCAUUUAGGGGUUGCCACGAGCAAUUCACGUUUGUCUUUGAGAAGAUACUCCUACCUGAGUUCGAUCCCGACGUUUUCGAGGGAGAGAGGGCGAAACUGAGCGAGGUCUACGAACUUGCUCGUCAUUGCGAUCCUUUAUCGUUUGACAUCGAAGAGCGCGAAUCCUGGUCGAAGUGCAUGAAUCAGUGCAAUUCUGCGUUCGAUGAAAUUGAGCUCGUCGUGGUGAGAUAUUUGAAGCUUGGUCUAGAAUCUGCGAGGACGCUCGAAGAGAUGCUUCAGGCACUCGGUCGAUUCAAGCCGCUUUUCUUUCGUCCGAACGUUCGCAUUGCGGUACGCGAGUACCACACCCACCUUCUGGGAUAUGUCUCGGACGAGAUCCGGAGGCUGUAUGAGAGAUUCAAGCGCGGAUACCCUGGCUCCGAAGAUGCCGCCGUGAGCUCGGCGCGAGGAAUUCCGCCGGUUUCUGGCUCCAUCAUCUGGACGCGCCAAAUUGAGCGGAGGCUGAAGAAUCGCGUGAAAAAUGCCGGAGACGCCCUCUGCGAUUUGGACGCCGAAGGGAAAAAGCUUAGAGAAGAUUACGAGCGUUUUCUUCAAAAGUUGGACACCGAUUCGAUCUUUCAAAAUUGGCUGCAGGAAGUUGAAAAUUACAAAUACAAUUUUGCUGAUCAGGUCUUGAAAGUGGUGAAGAAGGGACCUGUCUUUUGCUUGAGCGUCAAUUUUCCUCCACAACUUACCGAGAUAUACAGAGAGGCUCAAAUCUUGCAAACACUCGGCUAUCGCAUUCCAUUCAGCGUUUCUCUUCUGUCCAGCGGCGCCAGGCAGCUUCAUCCCUUCGCCCUGCGCCUUCGCGAAUCCGUUCAGUUCUUUGAACAGCUGAGUCGCUCGAUAUCCCCGGAAGCCUCGUCGGACGUCUCCCCUCUCCUCGAUCGAUACAAGAAGGGCGUGCAGACGUGUCUGAUCGAGACGCUCUCUUCUCGGUGGAUAGACGUGGAGGCGCUCGCUUCUUGCGCGUCUCGCCUGAGCGAGUCCAUCUGCCUCUACGCCGAGAAGACGAAGUACGUACUUCGGCUGUGGGAGUCCAUCAGGGCGCAGUUGCUUGAACUCGCGAAGUGCAAAUUCGAACGCGAGCAAUUCAAUCUGAUCCUCCAACGGGUCCAAGCCUCGAUUGACGAGCUGAGCUUGUCCGGAUAUGCCAAUCUGGGGCACUGGGUCGGACGGAUCGAGCGAAUUGUCGAAUCGACGCUCACCGAACGGCUCGAGGACGCCGUCCGAACCUGGACCAGCGCCUUCGACAGUCUGUCUCUCGGGGAUUCGCGUCUCUCUAUUACAGAAAGCAAGUCGGCAGUUUCGGCUGAGCCAUCGAAUGAGCAGAGGAUCCGCACUCCGAAGUAUCUCAGAUCCUCAGACAAUUUCAGCGCCUCCCAAGCGACGACGGCCGUGCAUGACCAACAGCUAUCGAUCGCCUCGGCCGCGCACGAGCUCGUCGUUCGAGGCAAUUCCGUCUUGCUUCAGCCCCCUCUGGAACAGGACCGUCUCUUUUUUCUCUCUCAGUUUGACGGUUGGAUUUCUGCCGUCACACGUAUUCAGUGCAUCCACUAUGGCGCGGAACCCCUCUCUCCUGAUGAGGGGCCUCGCGACUUUCGGCGACUGCUUCGCAGAAUGUCUCCCGGCGUUCUGUCAAGCGCCUACAAGGCUAUAGAGCGGCCGAUCUCUCUGGCUCAGCGAUACUUUCGAACCACCUGGCUUCAAUACCAGGACCUCUGGGACGCCGAGUCGUCCGCCCCGGUCAGUUCUCGGAUUGCGUCCCUCAGCGAGACGUGGCCUUUUCGGGCGUGGCGUCAGCUUCUCUCGGACGCCGAAGAGUUUUUUGGGACCGCCCUCAACGAAGCCGACGGGGCCAAAUCAAGUUUUGGACCGAUUCUGAUCAACUGCGGCCAGGCGCGCGCCGACAUCGGCGAGAAGUGUUCCGACUGGCUCAGACGCGUCUCUCAUGGCUACGAGCUCUGCUUACAGAGAGAGAUGUCGUCUCUCUAUCGAGACGUCUCGUCCUAUUUUUCCGAGCUGUCGGCUUCGUCUGCGCCGAUGCCACCUCGGUCGGCGCUGUCUCGCCGGGCCGAGUUCGUCCGCAAGGUGCGGGAGGCGGCCGACGUGUUGUCCGAGCGGUCGCGAGAGUUGGAGGAGUUCUCGGCCGGACAGUCUCUGUUGUCCGACCGCGGACACGCCCUUCCGCCUGGAUGGCUAGAUUUCAGCGUCUUGGAGGCAGAGUGGCAAAAGCUGAGCGAGCUCGUGGCUUCGCUGAGUCCGCGCGCAGAUUCUGUGGCCCGCGAGGUACAGAGAGAGGCGCUCGAGAGGCUGCGCUCCCUGGACGGCCGCGUGUCCGAGUGCCGGCGGGAUUGGGGCUACGAAUCGCUCCUGGAGAGCGAAGGGGGGUCCGUUGGGUCUGAGGAGGAGCAAGUCGCCUUCUACGAGAGACGCCUAUCUGAAAUGUCGGACGAGGCCGCCGAGUUGGGACGCGCGCUCGAACUGCUGCGCUUCAAUGUCGAGGCGGCGGAGGGGGACGUCUCGGUGAAUAGAACCUUGGAAGACUUGGCCGCUCUGGAAAGCGGGUGGAGGACGCUUGUCUGCCUUUGGGGGCACCUGAACGACCUCCGACAGACGCGCUGGUCGGACGUCGACCCGGCCGAUCUUCGAGCCCGCCUGGAGGGCCUAAGGGGGGAUCUGGAGCGCGCUUUGGGAUGCGGAGAGAGCGGAGAAAGGGGGCUGCGUUCUCCGUCCGGAUUGGACGUGGUUUUGGACCAAGUGUCGAGGUGUUUGAAAUUGCAGGAAACGGUGGUCGACUUGAAGUCUGAGGCGCUGCGAGAGCGUCAUUGGAAGCGCAUAUGGGAGGGACCUUGUCGGCGCGCUUCGCUUCGAAGCGGGGGUCCUCUAACGCUGGGGGAUGUGUGGGAUUCCGAAUUCGAGUCAAGCGAGUUGAAGUCGAUCGUGAGACAGGCCCAGGGCGAGCUCGCGCUGGAGAGAUUCAUUGAGUCGGUGAAGGGCUAUUGGAGCGCUCGUCGGUUUGAGUUUGUGGAGCGCCGGCGGGGGGUGCUGAUCCAUCGGUGGAACGAGUUGUUCGCGAGGCUCGAGGAGCAUUUGAGUGGGAUUGACGCGAUGAAAGUUUCCCCUUACUUUGAGUCUUUCGAAGUAGAGGCGUUGAAUUGGGAAGAGCGCCUCGGCCGCGCGCAGUCGCUGUUGGAUACGUGGGUCGACGUACAGCGUCAGUGGACCUACUUGGAAUCCAUAUUUUUCGGCGGAGCGGGGAAGGCGGGCGGUUCUCUGAUGCGCGAGUCCGCCGCGUUCGGCGAGGUGGACUCGGAGUUUCGGGCGUUGAUGGAGCGCACGAAGAGGUCCUCCUUGGUGAUGGAGGUGAUGGAGUUCGAGGGCCUGCGACAGACGUUAGAGCGGCUGUCCGAGCGUCUGAGGCAGACGCAAAAGUCGCUGAGCGAAUAUUUGGAAACUUGGAGGACGUCUUUCCCUCGGUUUUAUUUUCUCGGCGACGAGGAUUUGCUGGACGUCCUCGGGAGUAGGGAGUGCGCCCAGAGGAAGAUCAGGAAGAUGUUUCCGGGCGUAUCGGAGCUGGUGGUCGAGGGGGAAGAGGUGAGGGGGAUGGUGUCGGUAGAGGGCGAGUUGGUCGUGUACAGGAAUCCCGUGUCGGUCUUCCCGAGGAGAGAUGACACCAUGGAGACGUGGCUGAACGCGUUGAGUUUAGAGAUCAAGUCGAGUUUGGCUCAACAGCUGCUGGACGCGGCUCGAGGCGUGAGGGCGUGGAUGUACGUUACGGACACAUCGGGCGAUACGAACGCAACGGCGGAGUGCGUAAAAUGGGCGUCUUCGUACGCUACCCAGAUCGUGCUGUUGUGCGUGCAACUGAGGUGGACUGAGUUGACUGAGAGGGCGCUGGAGGGUGCCGAAUGCGAGCGGUGGUCGCUAGAGGUCCAGUUGGAAAAGAGCGAAGAGGUCAUUUACGGCCUGGCGUCCGCGAUUCCGUGUCAGAUUGAUUCCGUGCAAAGGAGGAAGCUCGAGCAGUUGAUGGCCGAGCUGGUUCGCCAGCUCUCCGUAACGCGACGUUUGUCUCGAGGCGCCAGGGGCUUCGAGUGGCAAAGGCAGAUGAGGUUCUACUUGGAUCCCCGCGCGUCGGUGGUUGAUUUGAAGGGGCUGUUGACGAUAAGAAUGGCGGACACUUGUUUUGAGUACGGAUUUGAGUACGCAGGAGCCACGGAGAGUCUGAUUCGAACGCCCUUGACGGACCGGUGCUUUGUGGCGCUCACUCAGGCCAUUCAGAGUCGCAUGGGCGGGAGUCCUUAUGGCUCCGCCGGGACGGGGAAGACGGAGACGGUGAAGGCGCUUGGGCGUCAGUUGGGACGCUUGGUGUUGGUGUUUUGUUGCGAUCGGUCGUUUGAUUCCAAGGCGAUGACGCGCAUCUUCGCCGGGCUGGCCAUGUGCGGAGCUUGGGGCUGCUUCGACGAGUUCAACCGUUUAGAAGAAGUCAUUUUGUCGGACACGUCCCAGCAGAUUCAAGCGCUCCAGCUUGCUUUGAAGGAGGGCCGAGCGGCGGUGGACUUGCCGGGCCGCCGAGGGUGCGUUCUGAACCCGGAAAUGGCCGUUUUUGUCACCAUGAAUCCCGGAUACGCUGGCCGUUCCAACCUUCCCGACAAUUUGAAGCAGCUUUUCCGGGGGGUCGCUAUGGUGAAGCCGGACUACGAGCCGAUUGCUCGGGUUACGCUUUACACGCGCGGGUUUAGGACGGCCGAGCGUUUGGCGGCACGGAUAGUGCUUUUGUUCGAUCUGUGCCGCAAGCAACUCUCCGACCGGAAUCAUUACGAUUUUGGCCUGCGCGCGCUGAAGGGCGUGCUGAGCGUGGCGGGGGAGCGCCGACGCGACAGCCUGGCGCGUCCUUUUGCGUCGGGGUCGCCCGAGGGCGCUGGGACGCGAAGGCUCGGCGUCGGGGGGGUCGAGGGCGGGCCGGAGGAGCGCCGUUUGGAGGAGGCGUUGCUUGCACAGAGCGUCUACGAUGCGAUUGUGCCGAAGUUGGUGAGCCGCGACUUGCCGCUUUUCGAGCGGUUGGUCGCCCAGACUUUUUCGGCGUUUGAGCUUUGCGAGAGCGAGCAAUCGGACUUGCGACGCGAAGUCGACGAGGUGUGCAGGGAGAGGCACUUGGUGAGUUCUCCGAGCUGGAGGUCCAAGGUGUUUCAAGUGCAUCGCCUGCAAUCCUUGCACCGAGGCCUGAUUUUGAUGGGGCCGUCCGGAUCCGGGAAGACGACGGCCUGGUCCGUGCUGGCCGAGGCGGUCGGGCGCUUGGAGGGGCGCGAAAAGAAGGUGGGCAGUAAGACGCACGUCUUUGAUCCCAAGGCGGUCACCCAGGAGGAGCUUUUCGGGGUGCUGGAUCCGGUUACUCGAGAAUGGACGGACGGCUUAUUCACGGGCCUGCUACGCAGGGUGGCGGGAGAAGAGGGCGACGAGCGUCAUUGGAUUGUGUUUGAUGGAGACGUGGACCCUAGGUGGGUCGAGAACUUGAACUCGUUACUUGACGACAACCGGGAGCUCACGUUGCCGAACGGAGAGCGCUUGCCGCUACUUGAUCGCGUAUGCGUGCUUUUCGAAGUGGACGGCUUGGAGCAUGCGACGCUGGCGACGGUGUCUCGCUGCGGCAUAGUGUGGUUUGAUGAGGACACGGUGACGAGUCGCAUGGAGUUGAAGCGGUACGUUUCGGAGCUUCGGUUGGGCCUACCUCGCGAGUGUCGCUGGGGCGCAGCCAAGAAGUCGGUUCGCGAAGAAGACGGAGCGGGGGUGUUCCUGGAGGGAGUGGCGGACGCGCUGGAGCCGCAAUUUGAAGAGGGUGGUCUGGUGGAGCGAGCUCUGAGCUAUGCCCGUGACAGGUGGCACGUGAUGGCGUUCACGAGAUGCGGAGCGUUGUCGGCCGCACUUUCUUUGAUAAGUCAGGGGAUUUUGCUGGCUUGGGGGGUUCGCGGUUCUUGGAACGCCUCGCCCGCCGAAUGGAGGCGCAAGUAUUUGGAGAACUGGGUGGUUUAUUCGCUGUUAUGGGGGAUAGGCGCCUCGAUGAGUUUAUCGUGUCUGGAGGAAUACUCGGACUUUUUGCAAGCGACGAGCGGCGUGUCGUGUGCGCUCGGGAGCCUUUUGAAUGGCUUCGUCGACGCGACAGACGGCGAGUGGCACUCGUGGUCGGAGAGGUUGUCCGGCGCGCGCGGCGAGGAGCUCGCUGGUCAGAUGAUUCCCACGGUUGAGACGGUUCGCCGAGCGUCUGUGAUUGAGCACCGGCUGAGGGAACACCGUCCUUUGGUGCUUUGCGGUCCGCCCGGGUCGGGGAAGACGAUGCAAAUGGAGGAGACGUUGAAGGGCUUGGGCGAGUACGAAAUGGUGACCGUCGGUUUCGGCGGAGCGACGACUGCCCAGACGUUGGUGAAGGUCCUUGAGCAGCAUUGCGAGUACCGUCCGUCUGUUUUGGGCGGGUGGAAGUUGGCGCCGAGGUGUUUGGGGAAGUGGCUCGUGGUGUUCUGCGACGAGAUGAACUUGCCGAGUCGGGACGAGUAUGGAACGCAGCGAGUGAUUGCGUUCAUAAGGCAACUGGUGGAGCGCGGACGUUUUUGGGGAGGGCCCGAGAAGCGCUCGUGGGUUGAAUUGGAGAGGAUUCAAUUUGUUGGCGCGUGCAAUCCCUCGACCGACGUGGGACGCGUUCCGCUGAGUCGGCGUUUUUUGAAGCACGCUCUUGUCAUUUACGUGGACGAGCCGUCGAAGGGCUCCCUUUUGCGCAUCUACGGAGCGUUCAAUCGCGCGGCGCUCGAGCUCGCGCCGCAGCUGAGCUCGUCCGAGGACAGCGUGACGAGGGGGAUGGUCGAGUUUUACUUGUCGUGCAAGAAGCGGUUUGCGUCGAGUUUGCACACACAUUAUGUGUAUUCACCUCGGGAGUUGACGCGCUGGUCGAUGUCGAUGCGGGAGGCGCUGUCUAGGUGGCGGGGCGCCGCGAAGGUUGAGGCGUUGGCGCGUCUAUGGGCUUACAAGGCGCUGCGUUUGUUCCAAGACCGUUUGGUGGCGAAGGAGGAGAGGGACUGGAUGGAUGAGGAGUUGGACGCGACGGUGCGGCGCCAUUUUCUCGGGGCGGACUGCGAGGUCGUUCUCGAGAGGCCGAUUUUGUUCAGCGACUGGCUGACGGGUCGGUACGAAUCCGUGAGUGGAGAGCGGCUGGAGGCGCACUGCAAGGAGCGAAUGCCGGCGUUUUGCGAGGAGGAGUGCUGCUCGCCUUUGGUGCUUUUUGGCGAGGCGCUGGACCACAUUCUUCGAAUUGACCAGGCGUUGAGGCAGCCGGGGGAGCACAUGCUGUUAGUGGGCGUGCCGGCGUCGGGGAAGACGAUGGCGACGCGGUUUGCGGCGUGGCUUGGCGGCUUGGAGGUGAUUGCGAUCAAGGCGAAGAGGGCGUGUCAGGAGGAGGGGUUUGAGGAGGACUUGAAGCUCGCGAUGACGCGCGCCGGAAUUUGCGAGAAGAGGGUUUGCCUUGUCAUAGACGACAGUCAGGUGCCAGGAACGAAGUUUUUGGAGAAGAUUAACGCGUUGCUGACGAGCGGAGAGGUCCCUGGGCUGUUCGAGGGGGACAGUUUGGCGCGUUUGGUUCGCGAGUUGAGAGAGGACGUCAUGAAGAAGGAGCCGUUGUUGCGUCCGUCGGACGCGGAGCUCUUUGAGCGAUUUACUUGUCGAGUUUAUCGAAAUUUGCACGUGAUUUUCACGAUAAGUUUUUCGACGGAGGAGGCCUUUCGAGCUCAGGUGUUGGUUUCGCCCGCGCUGUUGAGCCGCUGCGUGAUCGACUGGUUUGGGCGGUGGUCUCAGGAGUCGCUGUUUCGAGUCGUGGAGGAGUUGGCGUCGGAGAGCCUCCGCUGCUUGGACGGAGCUCGCCGACGCUCGGUCGUCUCCUGCAUGGUGUCGGUUCACACGGAGGUUGAGGGAGCGGGAGGCCGGGAGAAGAGGCUUGAGCUGGAAAAGCGGGAACAGCACUUGUCGGUUGGUUUGAGUCGCCUGCUGGAGGCGGAGGAGCGAGUGAAGGCGCUGCAGGGGAGUUUGGACGAGAAGGGGAUGCAGUUGGUGGAGAAGCAGAGAGAGGCGGAUCAGAAGUUAGAGGUGAUUUUGAGCGACCAGAAGGAGGCCGAGUGCAGGCACGAGGAGCUGAGGUGCAUCCGGAAGAGGCUGGCGGAGCAGAGGGAAGACAUUCUUUCUCGCCAGAGCGACGCAGAGAGCGAAUUGGGUCGAGUGGAGCCGGCGUUGGCGGAGGCGCAGAGGUCGGUGGGGCAGAUAAAGAAGAAGCAUCUGGAAGAGGUGCGUGGGUUCAAUCACCCGCCGGAGUUGGUUCGACAGGUGAUGGAGGCGGUUUUGUGGUUAUUGAAGGGGAAGAAGUUGGAUUGGGCGUCGAUUCGGCGCGCGUUGCAAGACCAGACUUUUAUUUCCAGCGUGUUGGAAUUCAAGCCGGAUUCCAUUGCGAGCAAGCUGAGGAGCGACAUUGCGGGCGAGUAUUUGUCUGACGAGAGGUUCACGUACGAGUCGGUCAAUCGCGCGUCUCGGGCGUGCGGCCCGCUGGUGAAAUGGAUUUACGCCCAGCUGGCGUAUGCGGGCAUAUUGGAAAAGGUGAAUCCGUUGCGACAGAAGAUCGAGCAGUUGGAGGAGGAGACGAGGGUGGUGGAGGCGGACGUGUUGGAGCACAACAGACGAAUUGAGGGUUUAGAGGAGAGCAUUGGCAGGUACAAGAAAGAGUAUGAGGUGUUGAUAUCUCAGAGCGAAGGGAUCAAAAGCGAGAUUUCGACGGUGCGGGAGAAGUUGGACAGGAGCGUUUUGCUGAUUGCUAAGCUGUCUCAGGAGAGAGAGAGUUGGGAGAGCGAGUUGGACCAGGUCAGCCGUCGAGCCUCGACGGUUGUAGGCGAUUCGUUGCUGUCGGCUGCGUUUUUGGCCUAUUUGGGCGCGUUCGGUCAUGGCGCGAGAGUUGAGUUGCUCGGUCGUUGGCGUGGCCGGAUUGAGAGUGAAGGGAUUGGUUUGAGCGAGUCGGAGGGCGUGAUUGAAUGGCUAUCGAGUUCCGACGAGAGGUUGGGGUGGCAGGCCCAGAGACUUCCUCCCGGCGACCAUUGCGUUGAGAACGCGAUCAUUUUGAAGCGUUCGAUUAGGUGUCCGCUGAUUUUGGAUCCGUCUGGUCAGGGAGUGGAGUUCGUGUUGAGCAGUCGCCGCGGAGAGCAGGAGGUGCUGAAGUGUUCUCGGUCCGACGCCGCGUUCGAGAGGGUGUUAGAAAACGCGCUGAGGUUUGGUCUGUGUCUGUUGGUGACAGACGUGGAUUGCGUGGAUUGGGUGUUGGGUUCCGUAUUGAACAGAGAGUACCGCGCGGUGGGUGGGGGCAGGAUGGUCGUGAGCGUAGGGGACCGAGAGGUGGAUUUGAGUCCGGCGUUUUCGAUGGUGUUGUCAACUCGGAAGAGUUCUGUGGAGGCGCUGACGUCUGACCUGUGUUCAAGAGCGACGGUGGUGAAUUUCGCGGUGACGGCCGAGUCUCUGGAAUCGCAGUGCAUGGAUAUGGCUUUGAGGAGCGAGUAUCCGGAGUUGCAUCGUCGACGCGGCGAGUCGGUGCGUCUGCAAUACGAAUGUCGCGCGGGUCUUGAGCGAUUGAAGGUGUCUCUGUUGAACGCGCUCAAUCGGGCGGAGGGGGGCUUGCUGGACGAUCCGGAGGUGCUGGAUACGCUGGAGGCGACUAAGAGAGAGGCGGAGAGCCUGACGUCGAGGGUCGGAGACGUGGAAGUGACGAUUAAGAAGAUUGAAGAGGUAUCUAGUCGAUACAAGUUUUUGGCGUCGUCCGCAGCCAGGAUUUACUUUGCUUUGCAAAGGAUGAGUUGGAUUCACUUCUUGUAUUGGUUUUCGCUCGGCCAGUUCUUGGAAACGGUGCAAGAGGCGUUGCUGGCAGAGAGAGAGGCCUCGCCGGAGGCGAGAGAAAGGCGCCUGUUUUCGGUGGUGUACACACGGGUGUCAGAGAGUCUUCUGUACAAGGAUCGCGCGUCUUUGGCGCUGAAGUUGGUGCAGAUUCGACUGAGCGGGACGUCGGAAGAGCUUGACAAUGGAGAGUUUUGUUGGUUGGCCGAGAUGAGAGGCGCGGCGGCUAGGCCCGAUCGAAGCGCGACAAGACAGGAUACGGCCGCCUUGUUGGGUUUGGACGACGCCCGGAUGGACCGGUUUGAAGAGUUUCUGUCUCUGAACGAGGAGAGACGGGGUCGGUUGGAGAAACACAUUCGACAGGAUUCGGAGGCUUGGAGGCGUUUCUUGGCAUCUCCGACGGCGGAUGCCGAGAUUCCGACCGGGUGGAGAGACGAAGCGAGGUCCGUUCGCUCCGCAUUUGAGGACGUGCUCAUCUUCAAGGCGCUUCGUCUCGACCGCGUCACGACGGGGAUCGAGAUUCUAGCGGAAAUGGUGUUUGGCGAUCGGCUCUCUCUGAGCGACGCGUGCGGGGUUGAAAGAAGCUGCGAGCACUCCAGGGUGAUCCAGGGAGUUUUGGACAGUCGACGUCCGGCGAUGCUGUGCUCGAGUGCCGGACUGGAUGCGGGAUCGAUGAUGGACGAAUUGGCCCUCCGGAAAAAUCCGGACGGAUAUUUAUCAAUUGCAGUUGGAUCUCGGGACAGCUUGGACCAGAUCGAUCGCUUUAUAGAUCGCUUUGCUUCUACGGGCGGUUGGAUUCACAUCAAGAAUGUCCAUUUGGCGCCAUCGUCGUGGUUGAGCCGUUUGGAAAAGAGGACCCACUCGCUUCGAGCACACGAAAAGUUCAAGUUGUUCCUUUCCAGCGAGAUAAGUCCGAACCUUCCACCCGAGCUGCUGCGACAGUUCCGAGUUGCGAUAUUGGAAUCUAUGCCGGGGCUCAGAGCGAGUCUCGUUCAGACGCUGUUGGACAUUUCUCCGGAGCGCAUGAAUGCUCCUCCGGUUGAAAGGGCGAGGCUUUAUUUUUUGCUGGCAUGGACGCACGCGGUCUUUCAAGAAAGGUUGAAUUACACACCUUACGGCUGGAGCAAGCCGCUCGGGUUUAGCCGCGCCGACAAGCUAGGAGCCCUCGACAGCUUGACAUGUCACCAAUAUCCGCCUCCGCACCCCAAGCGCCCGCGUAUAGCUUCAUCCUUCGCGCACUCCAACUCCAAGGAUGCUCAUGGAAUUGGCAACGUGGGCACCUCGAAAUGA